CUAUCCUUGACUCUCUGGAACGUAUAUUUGAAUCUUUUGCAAGGGCAAUGUCUUUAGAGAAACCCGAUCCCCAAGACUCUUUAGAUAGCAAUGACUAUCCGUCGACAUCUUUAGAACCUCUCCUCAUAUUACAAACACCCGACAACCAUAACCACGGCGGACUACCACGAAACAGGAAAUCCUGGGGUUUAGACGGCUUGCACCUUAUCCUCUCAUUACUUAGUAUUGCCCUUCUCGUGUGCCUUAUUGGAACAAUUUCGACACGCGAGGUUCAAUCUUCACUUCACGCUCAUUCCCCGGCGAGAAGUGUUGUGAGAUACGAAACCACCUAUUUCGAGAAGUAUGGUCAUUGGAGUAGCCCAUUUUCGCAAAAGCCAAGCCCAGAGCUAGACGCCGCUUGGAGCAAACAACUAUCCGGGAUGAACAUUCGAGUGUCAAGAGAGUGGUUGGAGCCGUAUGGUGUCGAUUCCGUACAUCUGGCCGAUGGUUCGGGAGUCUUGGCCCAACUUGGAGUCUACCACGAACUGCAUUGUCUUAAGAAGGUAAAGCAUUGGAUCUACCGCUCGUAUUACUAUGGAAAUACUACAACGGUCAAUUUCGAAGAAGAAGAAGCCCACAUAGAGCAUUGCCUUGAAUGGCUCCGUGUGGCAGCACUUUGUCGAGGUGACACUACCUUGACUACGUUUCGGUGGGAAGGGAAGGAGAGGCGGCGUCUAGAGACGGAGUAUCCGAUCCCGCGAACAUGUGUGGAUGCUGGGCGGAUUCUGAAGUGGUCCGAGGAGCAUGCUGUGGACAUAAACCAGGAUGGCCUCUUGCAGGAAUCUUAGGCUUUAUUUGGUUAUAUGUACCUACGUAUCUGUUGUACAUGAACGCUCUCUAAACGCAUCAGGCGCUGAAGAUAAGUAAAGCAACUACAUACACUAGGCUUACGGAAGUUGAUUUAAACCAUUUCUCAUUGUUUGGUCCUGUUUCCGGACUGGGAACCCCUACUUACAUGGGCCUUGGGCAGACAUUUAAAGAAGUGGCUUGCGCGGGGAUAGCUGAAAUCAAAAGCAAUUUAAAAGGUAGGACAACAUUAGCUUAUCCUUCUAAUGCGGCGAGCCGCGGCAGUAGGAUGGCAUCGAUAUUAUAUCUAGGUACCCAUUAAAAUGAGAAUAUCUACC